CAACUCACGCCUCCUGAGACUAGGGAUUGGAAUAUCUGGGUGCGUGGUGGGGUGGGAGGGCCUUUUCUUAAUCUCCACCUCGAGAGAGUAUCUUAAUAAUGGGGAGUCGGAGAGGGAGUGAUACCUCUUCUUUUCUAAUUGCUCCGAGGAUGGCUGCUAAAGAGACGGAGUAGUCCCACUCCCUUUUAGAGGCCAGGAAGGGAUCGGGUUGGCCCGCCAUGUUGGUGAAGGCAAAGGAAGGCUAGUGGAGCUCUAGGACUGACGGAUCUGCUGGUUUAGGUCGGCCAUAUUAAUAAAAAGAAAGGGAAGGUUAACCCCUGUCCUCCAACAGACACAUAUACCCCUUCUUUCUACCCCGUUCCCAAGACUCAGCUCGUUGGGCCUUUCCCCUGCCUCCCUUGCCCAGUUUGCCCGAAGGAAGUAUAGCAGAGAGCGCCUCAGAACAGGCUUAGGACACCGCCGAAUGUGGGGGAAAGUGAAAUGCCGACCAAUUGCGCCGCCGCGGGCUGUGCUACUACCUACAACAAGCAUAUUAACAUCAGCUUCCACAGGUUUCCUUUGGAUCCUAAAAGAAGAAAAGAAUGGGUUCGCCUAACCAGGCGCAAAAAUUUUGUGCCAGGAAAACACACUUUUCUUUGUUCAAAGCACUUUGAAGCCUCUUGUUUUGACCUAACAGGACAAACUCGACGACUUAAAAUGGAUGCUGUUCCAACCAUUUUUGAUUUUUGUACCCAUAUAAAGUCUAUGAAACUCAAGUCACGGAAUCUUUUGAAGAAAAACAACAGCUGUAUUCCAACCGGACCAUCUAAUUUAAAAUCAAACAUUAGUAGUCAACAAGUGCUGCUUGAACACAGUUAUGCCUUUAGGAAUCCUAUGGAGGCAAAAAAAAGGAUAAUUAAACUGGAAAAAGAAAUAGCAAAUUUAAGAAGGAAAAUGAAAACUUGCCUACAAAAAGAACGUAGAGCAACUCGAAGAUGGAUCAAAGCCACAUGCUUGGUGAAGAAUCUAGAAGCAAAUAACAUAUUGCCUAAGGGCACAUCCGAACACAUUUUGCCAACUGCCUUAAGCAGUCUUCCUUUGGAGGAUUUCAAGAUUCUUGAACAAGAACAAGAUAAAACGGUAACAACUCUCUAAAUCUAAAACAGAUCAAGAGUACUUUCGGUUAAGAUUAGCUGGCAUAGAUCUUGAUGACCAUCCUUUAUCCUAUUCAAAGGUAAAGAUAUUUAAGGAAAUUAUGCCAAAAUUGGGUAUUUAAUAAAGUUUUACUUGAAGUAGCAUUAUUACUGUAUAACUUACGAAGACUUGAUUAUAAAAAGAAGGAAAAACAUGAAACAUUUGAAAAAGCAUGGAAGUGCCUUACAUGAAAUACAUAUACUUAAAAAUUUUGCUAGAGAUUUUUCAAGGUGUGCUGUGUUUUUGUCCUCUUAAACAACUUUUAAAGAACAGUCUAUGACAAGUAAUGUGUUUUACUUACAUUAGAAAAAAAAUGUUUCUGUGUACCAAAGUUGGAAUAUUACAUUAUAAAUAAGACGCUAAGUAGGAGUUAACCAACAUUAAAUAUGACUUUAAAACUGCUGGGUUUUGUAUUAAUUAAAUUAUUAUUGGCAUUAUGAUUUGGAAACUUUAUAGGAAAAGAAAAGCCUGAGAUACAGGGCAAGUUCUUUUAUUUCAACUUUCUGUAUUUUUUUAAUGGUGACAGUGAGCUAAUCAUGACCUCCCUUUUUAAGAGUAUUAUCUUUUAAAAUGGAUUGGAAAAUAUUUUGAAAAUAUUUUUGAAUAGGAAGUACCCUUGAGUCAGCCAAGGUAGUAAAAACUGGUAACUUAUUAUAUUCACCUUCUAAGAAAAUAUGUUGUGAAAUUAAUGCAGAGGUUGGGAUCUAGUUUUUACCUUAAUUAAACAAAAAGAUAACUGUAUACUAUUUUACUCACAAUAAAAACAAUACAUUCUUAAUUUCAAAAUUGUUACAUUAAUAAGCAAAUGUUCUAAGUUCCAUGUUAGGAAGUUCCCUCUGCCUUCACGUAUGUUGAUACUAAACUUUUAAGCUUUUUUUCCCCAUAAACCUACAGUAGAAUUUAAUUAUACAACAGUACUUAACCAUGUUACAGCUUUACAACUUACAACUUAAAAUGGGAUCAAUUUAUCUUACACAUCAGCUUGCUUUUUUAUCUCCUUUCUUAGUAAGAGCCAAAUAGAAUGACUGUACUGCAUGAGGGAAAUAAAAUAUAGUUCUCUACAAAAAUGUGUGUCUGUGAAUAAAGCUAUGCAAGUGCUAAUUAUUUUACAAAAUAGAAUGUCAGAACUAUUCUUAAUAGCUGCCACUUGAACAAUUAAAGAGUUUGCCUUACUUCACCAGAUAAAUGUUUAAUAAGAACAUUUUCAUUCAUAUAGCUUUGAUCAAGUCAUGGAAAAUUUAUUAAUGUAUAAUGUUAUUCAAUCCUGAUUCAAGCGUUCUGACAUCACCAUAUGAAAGUAACAUACACCUAAUCAUGAAUUGUUAUAAAUCUUUCCUAUAAGGUAAAUGCUACUUGAUGAUUUAAAAAAAAUUUUUUUUUGCCAACUGUUUAGAUUGCUGUUUUGCUUGGAUCCUAGCAACAGUUUUUUUUUUACAUUAAUAGCACCUCUUUUAAUAAGAAAUGCCCCCAAGCAACUAGAUUUCACAAAGGCAAAAGUAGGAAAAUUAUGCUUUAACUAUCAUAAGGCACUUACAACAAAUAUUUAUGAAAAUCCUUUUUUGUAUACAGGGUGCGGCAAAAGUAGGUUCACAGUUGUGAAUACGUGAAACAGUUUAUUCUUGUAUUAUUUAUUAUUGUAUUAUUUUUCCAUAUGAAAAGUAAAUUUACUUUUGCCCCACCCUGUGGUGUAAACCUUGUUACUCAUUUUAUCUUAAAUAUUACAUGUAAGCUCCUUGGAAAUGUCAUUGCAUUUUUUUUUCUAAUAUAGUUUCAAAUGUCUUUUUAUCAACACAUAGCCUUAAUCAUCAGCAAACACUGACCAUAUCUACUUUAUAUCAAUGAGUUAGGCAAAUAAUCAUUUAAACAUAAACUAUGUUUUCCAAAUACAAACUCUCAGAGUGGUUCACCACUCCUCUCCAAUACAGAACAAAACACCAAUUAACAUAGGCUGAUUCCCAUCUACAAUGUCUUGGUAUCUUAAUAUGACAUUUUAAAAAUCACAAAAAUUUUGAUUUUUUGAACAUUAUGAAAACAAGCUUUUGGCAGUUACUUAAUCUUCAUUCUUAUUUGAGACCACUGAAUAAACUAGUACUCAGUAAACCUACGUAAUUUUUAACUAAAAAUUUUUGUUUUUAUUCCCUGUCAUUUUCAUGUUACUCUCCUGAUAACAUGCUCCAAACUCUCCCUGCAUCAAAUUCUUUCAUUAACAAACACCUGUCUACCUUAAAACUAGUCUCAUUCAUAGAAAAUAGGAAUUUUAAAAUUCUGUUUUUAGUUUGUUGAUAAACUUCUUACCACUUUGACCAUACACUAUAAAACUAAUCAAAAUUAGAUUAGUUCUUUGUCUUCUUCUGGACACUAUACACAUCCUCUGUUCAUUCAUUAUAUGUCUUCUGGGCACUGGCCUCUACAAAGAACCAGCCAAAGCCUAGUUACUUGAUAAAAAGAUGAUUCUGACUCGAUUUUCUACCUUUAAGUUAUUCAAAGUCUCAAGGGAAAAAAACAUUUUUCAUACAAUAUGGUAAAUGCUAUAAAAGACAUGUGAAGUACUUUGGUAAAUGGUUUUGAAUUGGAAUUCAGUGAGCACGUAAACUUCAGACCUUUUUAUAAUGAAAUACUUUUGUUUUGAAAUAAACAGAUUUCUUAUGACAACCAAAGGAAGUAAAAGGACACUGAUAGUGACCUGGAUUACAUAGUGUUUUUUUUUAUGAGUUGUUAGACAUUUUUCCUCUUUAAAAUGAACACUGAACAAAUUUCUUGUUAAUAGUAUCUUUGUUAACAGAAAAAUAUAACUAAAUAGAGUAGUACAUUAAAACCAAGUACUGGAGUUUAUUUGACAUUUGAUAUUUUUACAGAAUAACAAACCCUACUAACUUGGAUCUUUAAAAAUAUUUUUAGCCCAGAGUCUUGAAGUUAACAAAGCACUAUGGCAGUCAUUAGUUUUCAUACUUGUUCUUUACAAAUACUAUGUGUGGUAAGUGGCAUCUCCAAUUUACAGCUGAAGAAAUCUGUGUUGAUGCAAUUUAUUCAUUCAGAUGUUUACUGUGUGCACACUGACACAAGGGAUAGAAUGCUAGUUUGUCCAGGAAGUCCUAGAUGGAACAUCGGUCUUCAGCCUCUGAAUCUAUUCUGCCCACCACAUUAUAACCCUCUGUUAAAUAUAUAAAUCAUGUUACUAAAAUAGGACAAGUCAUGUGUCCCAAAAAACUAAAAUAAAAAAUUAUAUAUAUAUAUAUAGUAAAGAUAGUCUAUAAAGUCACUGUUAAUCUUUUCUAGGUAGACUUUAUAACAUUGGUGUUUUAUCUCAUUUCUCAAUGUUAGAAUACGGGUAAAUUUUAAUUUGGGUAUAAUACAUAGAAAAUGGUUCAACUUUAUGCCAGAAUAUGGGAUUCUUUUGGUAUUUAGAAAGUUGGAAACUUUCUAAAAUUAAUGGUUUUAUAAUACUGUAUUCACAAAAAAUGUAUUGAGUCUGUUGAUAUUAAAAACCUUUCCAAGGACAUUACUAUCAUGCCUAUUAUUUUCAAAAAAAAUGUACAUGAACAUUUCUAUGGAAGUCCUCCUCCUAACUUAAC